GUCCCCGAACCAUUUUCCCCAUGCAGUCAAGACUCCUCUCAUGCUAAUGUCUCAUGAAAUAAAUAAAUGUACAGUUGAAUAAGACAUCUUUCAGAGGAUAUCCUGGAACCCUCCCAAUGUCCUGUGGGCAUCUCUGGACCUCAGUACUGGACUCACUUGCCCUCUCCGCUCUAAUAAAGUUAAGUCCAAUCAAAAAACAUGUUUUUCUUCUUGUUCCUUCAUUUGGAUGUUUGAGCUUCACUGUGCAGAAUGAUGGAUGUGCAGAGUUUGACACUAGAGGCCUGUUUUCACAUUAAUCUGCAGAAAGUACAAAGUUCCUAUGUGCUCACAGAGAAUCUAAGUUAAAGUGGUGGAUCUACGGGCAUGAUUUGUUAUAUCACAACUACUUUGGAGCCAAUUCUGAUGCAAUAUUCAACUACCACAAGUGAGAUGUGGAAACUUGAAUCCUACAGUGCACAAGCAGGAAAACUUAUGAAAUGAAUUUGCAUAUUCAUAGAUUCUGGAGUUUUUAAUGAGGGAGAAUGAGGAUAUGUAAUUUCAUGGACUUUAAACAAGUUAAUUUAAAUGGGGAAAAAAACUAUAUUAGACACAAAUUAUUAUUCAAAGUAGAGUAUAUGGAUCUCAAAGCUUGUCUGGAGGGGGGGCUUCAAACUGGGUUUUAAUGGUAUUUUACUACAUUUCAAGUGUGGACUGUUAUAUCAGCAGUGGUAAGAGAGCAAAAGGGACUUGAGUCAAUGCGUGUGCUAAUGUUCACUGCGGGCUGCUGUGUGUCUGAUAUCAACAGGCCCCUCCAGACACGUCCCGCUCACACAGCUCCUACCUCGAGCAGCAGCCGGAGGAGCGGAGUUAUUUCUCAGCUGCCAGUCAAACACACAGAGGCUCCACAGAGAGGAGGAGGAGACGGGGAGGACGCCUCCGUUCAUCCAUCCAUUCAUCAGUCCGGCUCGGUAAUCGCUCUCCGCCGCCACCAGCUCGAGCGGAGGCGCGAGACUACACCUCGAGCUGCCUGCGGUCUGUGGCGGCCGUUAACGACGGUCUCGCGCGCACACCGGUGAGAGAGGGGGGCAGCUGGGGAGGAAGAAAAAAAAAAGAGCCCGUCUGUCAGUGUUAUUCCCCCCGGUGUGGAUGUACAGAGACGAGAGGGAGAGAGAGAGAAGAGAGGAGAGGACCACCACCACUGCCCGCCGCUAAACUCUCCUUUUCGGGCUGGGACCGGACGUGUUUGUACCGACGGUCCUCCCUGGUUGCUGAUCUGAAGCUCUGGUCCUCAUCUCUGGCCUGAGUGGACAGCCGCCCCCUUUAGUGAGGAGCACCAUGACCCAUGAGGGGCAGGCUCUGCCCUCUCCCACCCCACCAGAGAGCCCAGUGGAGCCUAACACAACCAGCGCCUCCACCACCGACCCACCCGCAGAUUCUCACAACCAGGCAGAGCAGGACAAGACGGGGGCCGGGGCGAAGGACGAGAUAGCGAUAGAGGAGGGGAAACAACAAGCGGAGAUCAGAGAGGGCGAGGAGGAGGAACAGGGGGACAUAGAGGGGAGGGCAGAAAUAAAGGAUGAGGGAGGAAAGGGAGAGUCGAAAGAAAAGAAGGUAGGCAGCGUCGGCGAUGAGGAUCAACAGACAGACGGAGGGGCGGGGGGAGAGAGGGAGGGGAUGAGAGAGGAGGGAUGUAGAAAUGUAGAGGUGAGCUCAACGGGGGAGGAGGAAGCACACGCAGCGGAGGAGAUGAAAGAAGAAGAGGAGGGGAAAGAGAAUGAAGAGAUGCAACCGUGUACGGAGGAGGAGGCAACUCAUCCUCAACAAGCUGGCCGACUGGCGAACGGUAUAGGUGGGAAUGAAGACGAUGAUGGGGCUGGUGAGGAAGAUGAAGCAGGUGAUGAGGGGGGGACUCAGACACACUUUGACACUUUCAGCUCUAACUUUGAGACUACUGUAGAGCAGGCCGACACAGAAGUGGAGGAAGAGGAGGAGGAGGUCCAGAAGGAGGGAGAUGGGAAAGAAAACCAGGACAGUUUCAGCUCGGCGUUCGAGCAGAUCGUUGAGCAGGUCGACGCGCAGGAGGAGGAAGAUGAGGAAGACGAGAUUGAGCUGGAGGAGGAGAGAGAGAAAAGCAGGGUGGAUAACAAAGACGGCUUCAGCUCCACGUUCGAGCGCAUCGUCGAGUCCGCUCUGCUGAGGGGAGGAACCUGCUACAGCAGCCUGGACUCUCUGGACGUGCUGUCACUCACAGACGAGACGGACAGCUGCGUCAGCUUCGAGGCGCCACUGACGCCGCUCAUCCAACAGAGGGCGCUGUUACAGGGCCCUGAACCUCUGGAGCUGGAGCUGGCAACUGUUGAGGAGCAAGAAGGGGCCGAGGCUGGACCGGACGCCCCAGGCUGUGAUGGGGAACGUGGAGCCGGAGCUGUGGCUGGAGUAGGAGGAAGCCCCUUGAGGACCACCAUCCCAGGGAGCAGGUCAGAGUUUGUGCUGAGUCAGCCUGGACGCUGGGCCAUCCCUAAUGGAUACCAUACAGACUCCCAAGGAGCCAUGGAGGGGUGUGGAGCAUUGCUCAACUCCAUCAGCGAUGCAAACCUCACAGACGCGCUGUCUGACUCAGAGGAGUGCGAUUUGGGCAGUCUGGAGCGUUUGGAGCGCGGCAGCACCGACACUUUGGCCAAUGGCUGCCGAGCCGACUGUGAGGCCGCCAAGAGGCUGGCUAAGCGCCUCUAUCACCUCGAGGGCUUCAAGCGCUGUGAUGUGGCCAGACACCUGGGCAAGAAUAAUGAAUUCAGCCAGUUGGUGGCAUCAGAGUACCUGAGUUUCUUUGAUUUCUCCGGCCUGUCGCUGGAUCGAGCCCUGAGGAACUUCUUAAAGGCCUUUCCACUAAUGGGGGAGACUCAAGAGAGAGAAAGGGUCCUUGUGCAUUUUUCAAGACGCUUUUGCCACUGCAACCCACCAACGCCCACCUCUGAAGGUCAGAGCCAUGACGAUGAUGAUGAUGAUCCCGAUGAUGAAAAAGAUGAUGGAGCUCACACAUUAACCUGCGCCCUGAUGCUGCUCAACACUGAUCUGCACGGACAUAAUAUUGGGAAGAAGAUGUCGUGCCAACAGUUUAUUAGUAAUCUAGACGGUCUCAACGAUGGCAAAGACUUCCCCAAAGACUUAUUAAAGAUCCUGUAUAACUCAAUCAAGAAUGAGAAGCUCGAGUGGGCAGUUGAGGAGGAGGAGCUGAGGAAGAGUCUCUCAGAGCUGGUGGAGGAGCAGUGUGAGGGCGGGAGUAAACGUGUUGCUAGGGUAACGGACGGCAGUAACCCUUUCAUCGCCAUCCCCAUCCUCCUCAAUGCCGUCACCUACAAACACGGAGUGCUGACCCGCAAGAGCCACGCCGACAUGGACGGCAAACGCACACCGAGGGGCCGCCGUGGUUGGAAGAAGUUCUAUGCGGUUCUGAAGGGGAUGAUCUUGUAUCUCCAGAAGGAUGAGUACAAGCCCGACGCCGACAUUUCAGAGGUGGACCUUAAGAAUGCGGUGCGGAUCCACCACGCUUUAGCCACUCGUGCCACCGACUACAGCAAGAAGGCCAACGUACUGAAGCUCAAAACCUCAGACUGGAGAGUCUUUCUGCUGCAGGCCCCGAGUGAGGAGGAAAUGAUGUCUUGGAUCUUCCGGAUAAAUCUGGUAGCAGCGCUGUUCUCUGCGCCAGCCUUCCCUGCUGCCAUCGGCUCCAUGAAGAAAUUCUGUCGGCCCAUCCUGCCGUCUUCAUCUACCAGACUCAAGCAGGAGGAGCAGCUGCUGAGUCAUGAGAGCAAGCUGAAGCAGAUGAGCCUGGAGCUGGAGGAGCACCGGAAAAACCUACCCUCAUCCGACCCCAAAAGCCGCGACUGGGAGGAGUACCGCCUCAAAGAGCACUACCUCACGUAUGAGAAGACUCGUUAUGAGACGUAUAUCAGCCUCCUGCAGGCCAAACUCCGAGCAGAGACGGAUGACCUAGAGAAGAUUGAAGCCAGCGUGAUGGGAGGCUUGAUCAUGGAAGGAGGGCUGGCCGGCCGCGAGUGCCUCCUCCGCAAGACGCAGUCCUCCCCGUCCAUCAGUCAGGCUCAAAGCGGGUUAAAUGGGAGGGCCGCUGGACAGAGGUGCUGAGUGGGGGGGAAGGAGAUCGAGAGACCACAGACCACAAAACAACAUCCCUCCGAGCCAAACUAGCGUAAUCCUACAAUGUGUUUUUAAGUUUGUUUUUAGUUUGUUUUUGUGUUUAAGGCUCCUCCUUUCCUCCACUCACAAUAACAGAGUGGGCAGCAACAGGAGGAAAUGUGCAUCUCUAUCCUUCCCAGAAUCUAUCAACCCCAGUGAUAAGUUUCUAUCUAGAGCAAUAGAUGACGAAGAUAAAGAGCCCGCCUUUGAUACCCAGAAACUGACUGACCCUGCCAAAACCUCAGUUCUUUGAACUUUAAUUAUUGCACAUUAAAAAAAAAAAAAGAUCAUAAAUGUGAUCACUAUUUAUAACAUCAUCAGUAUUAUUUUGCAGAUGUCUUUUAGUUGAACUGUGUUUUUAGUUUUAAGCAGAGUUUGAAUAAUUUAUAAAGUGUUAGUUUUAAAGGCCGGACAGAGAACAAAGAAAGAGAGACCUGACACGAGGGAGAGUGCGACUCCUGAAAGAUCCUCACCAGAUUCUACACAGCUGUCGUCGCUCACGUUCAACAGGUCUGGUUUCCUGUCUUUCCUGUCCUCACCAGGCAGGGAUGGAGAUGGAGAUGGUGGACAUGGUACUACUGUAGCAUUUUGGCCUUUUUGGUUCUCCCCUCCCACCCCACUCACCUUUACACACGCAGCCAUUCACAGGUGUGUGUACGGACCUACGGUAAGGGUGGAGUGUGGCGUGUGGAGACAUCAACAUAUCUGUCCCUGAGUUACAGAAAAACUCACACAAAUACAAACUCAAAAAGAACUUCUCAGAAGGAUCAAGUCCUUCCCGUGUAUAGCAUAUUUAUUUAUUUAUUUAACUCUCCAAACCUUUAUUCGCAGCAGGAAGGGUUUACACAGAGUGUGCUUGCUCGUUUCCCAAUAAUGACCUUCUUGAAAUUCAUACAUUUACAUACAUUCAAACUUGUACAGGAGCCGCACGGUGGAGACAUGGUUUAAACUGUUCACCAGAGGAACUGCAGGUGGAGUGCCUUACUCAAGGGCACCUCGACACGAGCGAGUGUUAGUUGUCACUUGUCAGAUUUUCCCCAACAAGUGAAAGAAAGACUUGAAUCCGAGAGAUCACAAGUCUCUUUCUGUGAUUUUUUUUUUUUUUUUUUUUGAUGCCGCUAUCCUAAAUCCUGACAUGUAUUUAAUAAUUCUGUUUGUUUUUAACAACUCAAAGAAGAUAACAGUAUGUGACUGAAUGGAAGCACUGUGCCAUGUUCUGUUUUAUCCGCCCGACUUCUCUUCUUAUGUCAUAACAGAGCGAACUGAGCUGAUAUAUAACAAUAUACUGUAUGGUUUGGUGUGAGGUUUCUGAAGGCUAAAAUGAUGGGAAGAACAGGAAAGUGUGGGUGGGUGGCAUAAGAAUGGGUCAGAUAGCUUGUGUGUGUGUGUGUGUGUGUGUGUGUGUGUGUGUGUGUGUGUGUGUGUGUGUGUGUGUGUGUGUGUGUGUGUGUGUGUGUGUGUGUGUGUGUGUGUGUGUGUGUGUGUGUGUGUGUGUGUGUGUGUGUGUGUGUGUGACUGUGCAUGUGGUGUGUGCAUUGGCAUGCUUUUUUAAAGUGGCUCCAGUUAAGAUGUCGGAAGCUGUACGCAACAGGAAGAAGUAAAUAUAGCAGGGUCAUGUUUUGUAUGAAGAUUUUCAAAGUGCUAUCGGGCUUGUUUGACGUUGAGAGACAAUCCAACGGCCUUCUGCUCAAUAAGACUGCCGUCGCAAUCAGGCCUAGGUCUCUCAAAAGCAUCUUCUGCACAAAGGCAUCCUCCAUCCUUGUGACAAAAGUUGUACGUUUACCUCUUAAAAACAGAAAAUGUAACCAAUCUUUGCUCUGUAACAUGUUACAUGGACCUAUCAUAGCUUGUUGUAUCGGUGUAUUCCUACCACUGCCAUCAUUCCUAACAGACGGAGAUGUUUUUGGGAAAGCAGGCCCUGGUUUAUCUUAGACAGAGACUGGCUGAUUUGGUGAGUGUAGCAGCAGGACUGCUCCAGCUUAGCGUGCUAAAGUCAAGAAAACUGUCAGCAGCAUACUGGAAACAGAGAUGGGGAACAGCAGCAAAACAACUCCACCAGCAGAGUAGCCAUCAAAACAUCCUCCACUUGGGUGAGGACGAGAGGGAGGAAAGACUGGUCUUCUAAGAAGAGGCUGGUUUGUUCUUCUAAGAAAGAACGUCUCUGCCCACCAAGAACAAGAAAAACGGACAUCCAGCACACAUUUUCCAAAAACAACACAUUAAGCUUGUUUCUCUUCAGAGGAUGAUCCGUGUAAUGGGGAUGUUGUGCGAGGGGUGGUGGUACUGCUGUUUGUGAGCACCUUAAUUGAUCCCAACCCACCUAAACACACACACCUUUCCUCUUUCUAUGUAAUUUGCUUAUGACACAACUGUAGAUCAGUGAACGUAGUGCCCCCUUACUCAGCCUCAGUGUGGCACAGAAGCAUGUCGACAUUACCAGAGCUGUGAAUAUCUACAGUAUGAACAAUCGUAUUAUCUGUGGCUCUGGACACAACGCUUCUGCUGCUUCAUAUAUUGUAUGAAUUGUGACUGACGGGAUCUGAGAUCCUUUCGGGACUUGGCUGGAAACCUGGAAUCACAGCUGGAAUCCUGGACAUGGAUCCUUGUACAGACCAAAAUGAAAUGAAACAGAGCUGAGUUUUCACAGAGGAAGUACCAUUUUAUAAAGCUGUAUUGUUAGGAUAAAUUACUGCUUUCUUACAGGGAGACUUCCCCUUAUAGUCACUUUGGCUGUUGUGCUAACCAUUGUUUCACAAUGUUCUAGGGUAGGCCUGUGCUGUAAUAUAGGAUUGUGACAAAACAUAUUUGUUGAUUGUUAUGUUUUAUUUAAAAAAAAAAAAAAAAAAAAAAGAUGACAACUUCGGCACUUUGAUGUCAGCAUUGGAUCUGUCUUUUUGUUUGUUUUGUUUGUAUAUCUGAACUGUUUUUGACAGGAUGCUCAUACUAUGUAAAGGACAUAUUUACUGAAUAUUUAGUCUGUGCUUCAUAAAGUAAGCUUUUAUACA